AUCCUGCUGUGUCAGGUCAGGUCACCAGUAAGGACCUGAAAAGUGCCUUUGUUCUACCUUCCUUAUAAAGACUCUGGCCUUCCUUCUCCCACCACAGACUUGGAAGCAACUCCAGAGGCUCCUCCAAGAUGCUGGUGGUCCUGCUUACAGCAGCCUUGUUGGCCCUGAGCUCAGUUCAGAGAGCAAAUGCAGAGAUCAUCAGUGAAGACUCUUCUGCUCAGCUCUUAGAGGAAGAGCAAAAAAGCCUGGGCAAAGGUCAACAGCAUCAGAAAGAUGAGGAAGGGGAAGAAGCUGGAGAUGAGGAGGAUGGCGAUGGAGAAGAAGAACCACCAGAGAAACCACCACAUCAUCCUCGCCCCCCUAAACCUGGAAAACCACAUGGCCCACCCCAGGAGGGAGAUGAGGAGAAACCUCGUCCUCCUAAACCUGAAAAACCAGAAGGCCCACCCCCGGAGGGAGAUGAGGAGAAACCUCGCCCUCCUAAACCAGAAAAACCAGAAGGCCCACCUGAGGAGGGUGGUGAAGAAGAGGAGAAGUAGAAAACAAUUACCUUUAAUGUCAUUCAAAGAAGAAAUGAUGUUUUAAGAGAACCUUCAAAACUCCAAUAAAAUAUUUAGCUUGCAA